AUGUUGGCUGAUGCAGAAGACCCCCGCAUGGCUCCGCAUUGUUCCGCCUCUGCGAGUGAAACAGGAAAUUUGUUUGUCGACACUUCCUCCUCAAUCCAGAAAGACAUGGAAGCCAAACAAUGUGUCUUGCUUGAAACUGCACGUCAGGACAUUCAGAAUAUUAUGAAAUCUUGUCGUGGAUCAAAGGAGACUUCAUUACUUCCGGAAAUGGCUCAACGAAUGCUUCGUUGUUUGUGGCUGAACGAAUCAGUCAUUCUGGGUUUGCUUAUCCCAAUGCUCAAUUCCGCUGCCAGGCACCACCAGUAUGCUACCGACAUUCUCUUCAUGGAUAGCGUACUCGUAUCACCUUCCCUCUGUCGACUGCCUCGUUACGUGGGAGGUUUGGCCUACGAGCAUCCAGAGACCGCGAUCUAUUCCCGUGUAGUCAAACGAGCCGAAUGUCUGUGUCAUAUUGUGAAUUAUAUCAACCAACAGUCAACGUCGAUCGAUUCUAACCCGGACCAGUCAAUCACUGCAGAUCUGUCCACUGUAUCCGAAAUAUCCACUGUCAAUUCGGUCUCUCGAGCCGAGGGUGCUCUGAAACUGGCCAGUCUAUUUCUUCAAGCCGCGGUGAAUGGCCUGUAUGACAGCAAUGCAACUACCGUUCCUACUGGUUUGGAGUCCAAAUCAGGUGUCGGUGCCGCCGUACGAUUGCCUGGGCUUAGGCAAAGGUUGGAAAAAAAGGAAGGCUUGUUUCGUAUGCAUAUGAUGGGUAAACGUGUAAAUUACGCCUGUCGUUCGGUCAUUAGCCCUGAUCCGAAUUUGGAUGUCACCGAGGUCGGAGUUCCGCUGUUUUUCGCACGAAAACUAACGUUUCCCGUCCCCGUGACUAAAUUCAACUUGGAUCGCUUGCGUCAACUUGUCACGAACGGACCGGAUAAAUACCCAGGCGCUCGAAGCUUAGAAACACCGGAUGGUCGACUGUUGCAUUUACCCAACGGUACUUCAAGUCAAUCUGAGCGGCGAAGGGCAGUGAUUGCGCGUCGACUUGCUCCAUUAAACGCGGAUUGUUCGGGAGUUCCCUUCAUUGUACAUCGUCAUUUGAUGGAAGGAGAUAUGCUUCUGAUGAAUCGACAGCCUACUUUGCACAAACCUUCAAUGCAGGCUCAUCAUGUCCGCAUCAUUUAUUCGUCGGGAGCUAAAACAUUGCGCAUGCAUUACUCCAAUUGUCGUGCCUACAAUGCCGAUUUUGACGGGGAUGAAAUGAACGGACAUUUGGUGCAGAGUUAUGCUGCUCAAGCAGAACUGGAACUCUUAGCUUCUGUUCCACAUCAUUACCUGGUCCCUAAGGACGGUUCUCCUCUGGCCGGUUUAAUUCAGGACCACGUGAUCGCUGCGGUCAAACUGACUAUGCGUGAUCGUUUCUUUGAUCAUUCUGACUACAUGGACUUAGUCUACCACUCCGUGCGGUCCAUAUUCAAUGUGGCUCGCCGGUCCGGGAGUGGUCCUCCGGCUCUAGUUACCCUACCACCGGCCAUUCUCUGGCCAAAACGAUUGUGGACCGGCAAACAGGUUAUUUCCACACUUUUAAUGAAUCUAACCCCUGCUGGACUACCGUAUUUGAAUCUGACCUUGCGUGGGCGUCGUACCAAAGCCGAGCUGUGGUCCGGUGCCGCACCUGGGCAACCGACUCCGUUGAGUGAUGUCGAUGUUGUGGUCUGUGAUGGUUAUCUAGCUUCGGGGAUGCUAGACAAAGCACAUAUAGGAUCUUCAUCCGGUGGUCUAGUUCAUUGUGUAUACGAGGCGUACGGGCCGGAAUCAGCCGCUCAUUUGUUGAAUGGGAUCAACCUGUUGGCGAAUCAGCUCUUGAAAAUCACCGCAUUUACCAUGGGUAUCAAGGAUAUGCUGUUGUCUGCCGAGGCGAAUGCCGAUCGGACGCGUAGGUUUGAAAAUUUGAAGGACUUGGGUUUGUGCGCGUUUGCGGAUGCGUUCGAAUUGACUGCAGAUCAAUUAUCUGAACAGGAGGUUCGUCGAAUGUACCGGAAAGCCCAUUUUGCUCCGAGCACAGAUCAGACCUUGUCCAAGCGUAUGGUUCAGCUGGAUUUGGCGAUGAAAAAUCGUCUGAAGAGAGCCCAAGAUGCGGUCUGCGAGUGA